AUACUUUAGAAAAUAGAAACAAAGAAAAAUUAAAAAUAACAAUAAAUCAUGGAAAUACUGUAUCUUCUAUGCUCUAUCGUCUACAAUUCCCUCACCUCAGUGGUUCUCUCCCUUAUCCUUCCAUUUCACGCGUUACUGCGGCGGUGGGGACCCUCACGCGCCGCUUCUUCAGUCUCAAGUGACGAAGCUGGGCCCAUAUAUCUCUAUGAAGGCACAGUGUGGCACCAACGCCGGCAUCCCAUCACCCAUUCCUUCCAAUAUCGGGUUCGCUACGCGCUCAUUGACCUCGAUCGUGCCCCUCACGCGCCACACGACCAUCUUUCUCCCGAUGAAGCUCGCCAAAUUACCGAUACCAAUGGACCCAUUUUUCUCUUGACAAUCCCUCCUAGUGUGGGGUAUGAACAGAAUCCUUUGAGUGUGUAUUAUUGCUAUGCUGUUGACGGCUCUACUAGACGUUUGAAGAAAUGUAUUGCUGAGGUAACGAAUACACCGUGGGGUGAACGAGUAUCUUUUCUUUUCAAUCCGCAUUCUGAUCUAGUGGCCAAAGCUUUACAUGUCAGUCCUUUUAUGGAUAUGCUUGGGAGUUGGAAUAUCAAAGCAAAUGAUCCUGGAGAGAAUCUUUCAAUAUCAAUUUCAGUUCAUCAUCCUGAGCAUGGAAACUAUUUUACUGCCAGUCUGAAAGCCAAAAAGUUGUCCUCAUCCUCAGAGUCAGAUCAUGCAGUGUUCUUUUGGUUGAUGCCUCAUAAAGUUGCAAUAUGGAUAUAUUGGCAUGCUAUAAAACUGUGGUGGAAAAAUGUGUGUUUUGUCCAACACCCUAAAUAUAACACUCCCACUUACAGGGAGGAAGCUUUGGUACGGGACAAAAAACUGCAAUGUUGUGGAUUGGGUGAUGAUAAUAGACAUCUGCAACAAAGAGGAAGCGAUCAGGGUUGUUUAGAUGAAGGAAAUCCCAGAAACCGGUGGUUUAGAUGGAGGGAUGCUAAGUGGCCAUGGUCAUAGAACAUAUUAAACUUUUUUUUUGGUUGAUUUAAUGAGCAUCUGUUUUCAGGUGCAUGUAACAAACAUUUCCAAACGGGUAAUGAUGAUAAACUUGUAGGUUGACCUUGCAUUCUGGGCUGUACUAAUUAUGUAAUUUCAGUCUUUCACAUUUACUUGUUUGGUAAGUUUCAUGUAAUUUUCUGAACUAUUGAUGUAGAUGACGAUCCUUAUUGGUCCCAAACUAGCAACUCUUUAACGGUUCUUGCACCAAGCAAUGAAGCACCCAUCUAUGAUUCAGGGUUGGUUCUUGAGU